UUAUUAUUGAGGGAAAGAAUGUGCUCCGAAGGUUCUUUAAAGGUAUAAGUGUGUACACAGCCUCAGGCAAGCUCUUUCCUAUCCUCCCCUUAUGGGUUAUGAUUCCUUCCCUACUCCCCCAGUUUAAAUAAUCAUUUACGAUCAACGAUCACCAUGACAUCUGAAUGGGAAAACUGGUGUUGGCACUCGCCCUGUAAGCCAGGACUGCAAGCCGAGAUACUGUACAAACCUAGCUUACCAUUCAGACUUUUUAGCAGCCUUGGCAAGGGUUUUGAAGAGCGUUUGCCGCUCAUAGUGCCUCUUGCUCUGAGGAAGAAGGGCAAGGUGGCUCCCAGAAUGAUGGGAGUGGUUGCAUUUGCUACAGAGGCAUUGGCAAAAACUAUUUUAAAUGUGUUGUGAGAGUCAACUGAUGGACAACGUAAGUGGUUUCUGAGAGCCCUCACAACCGCGAAGAGACUGAUCCUAGAACACUGGAAGAACAAAUCCUCACCAACAGAUGGGUAACAAACUGAGGACCUGACUACAUGGCCUGUAUUUGAUGGUGCAGCAUAUCAAAGACAGCUGCCACCAAAACAAUACAAAUGACUUUUCGCUGGCAGACUUAGGUGCCCACUUCAAACGCUGUUUGAAACACAUCAUGGAAAAUGAAGUUAAAGAGGCUCAGCUUCCUAAAGAGAUGGAUUCGUGUUUUCAGAAGCUACUGACUGUUUUUCACGAGCUAUUGCCCAGAGUUGCAACAUAUCAUUGCAGCAAUGAAUGCGGUGUGAUGAGCUACGUGCUUACUCAUUGCUUCACGUGCCUCGUACGGACUUACACGUGCAACAAGAAAUACCGGUGUGGAGAAAGGAGGAUACAAGUGGAAAUGGAUGAAGAUCUGGUUCUGGACUGUGCUCUGCAGUGGCACAAGCUUAGUCAAAGUGUGAAGAAAUACAUCUUCUACCGGGUAGUGAAAGGCAAGCUACAACCGAUGAGCAGCAGUAUGGAUUCCUUUCUGGUAAAGAAGGAAGUGAACGUAAAUGACUCGGGCAGAUACCGGUGCGAUAUGGCAGAUUUGAAGGGAACUGUUUCUAGCUACCUUGACUUCCUAGUACAAGUGGUGCCUGCAGUUGGGAAGACCACGUGGUUCCCCCGCCCGUCACACACAACGAUGACAGUCCCCCUUGCCUUGGGGAUCUCAUCCAGGGCUCCACCCCCUCAAGCCGACUUCUCCGUUUGGAUAGUGAUUGGGGGCACAGGCGGGUUGUUUGUCUUCAUCGUUCUUGCAUUCCUGUUUGCUUACUUUCGUCGUAAGAAGGGGGAAGAAGAUGAGGAAGAUGAUGACGAUGAUGAAAGUGAAAGUGGAUCCUCAGAGCUGGUGGCAAUGUGAAGUCUCAGUCACACCCACCCACACUCUUUUCAAGUUCUUCAGACACAGAUUCCUGCCCACAGGCGCUCUUAUAUUGUACUAGCUGGUCUACUUUAUUUAUUUAUCAGUAAUUGAUAAAGAUAGUGGAUAUCUUUUAAUAGAUAAAAGCCUCUCUUGGGUUCUGUGGGGGAGAGUAUGAAGACGGCAUCAGGAAGACAUAACUUUCAGGGCUCCGAGAUGGCUUGCAAACAGCUUCCACACAACCUGUCUGGUGAACGUUCAGCCUGAAUUAUUUGCAAAUAAGCUAGUCAGGGUUGAGUUUGCUACCGGAUUUAACAACAUUCAUCCCGAUUUGUUUAUGGGGAGACGGAUGCAACGUUGCCUAAUCAAUCCCACAUUAUUUUACCUCAUUCCUUGAUUGCGAGGUCCAUUAUUUUGAGGAAGGAGGUUUGUUGCACAAGAGCUCCAAAUCAGGUUUAAUUCCUUAGCCUGAAUUUGCUGGAAUGUGAUUGAAUCCCAGUCCACGAUUGGUUGACAGUCUGCAAGUGCCCUUGCUGUACUUACUAGGGAGGACUAAAAGUUUGGAAAGGGGGAAACCAUUGACCCAGAUGGAGCAAUGCAGGAAGCACGUAAUGUUGCUUUUUUUCUGAGGAACAGUAGCUUUAAGGAGAAACGGUGGGUGGGGAAGAAGUGCCCAACCCUUUCCCCACUGUUUUUCCAGUCUAAAUUCCUCCUCAUACAGUAUAUAUAAUGCUUGGGGCAGGGGCAGAGAGCAACUGGGUCUGUGUGAUAUUUACUUAGUUAAUGUUUUAUGGGAAAGGAGAGCAAACCAUUAAGACAGAUGUGGGGCACCUGUGGCCCUCCAGAUGUUCCUUAAUUACAACUUCCAUCAGCAUUCAGAGGCCAAAGGUCCUCCAUGCCUGUGUUAUUAAGGGGACUGAAAGUCAGAAUUUGAGUUGUUUGAAAGCAGGCAGGAAAGAUCUACAGAGGUACAAGGAGCCUGGAAACCAGGGCUAUCAAAAGACCCUGGGAGGCACAGGGAGUGCAAGUCCCAGCAGGAUUAAGACUGGCCCUGGAUGGAGCUGAAAAAUCUAUCCAAAGUAGGACUGGAACAAGGAUUCAGGCAGGCACCAGAACAUGGGGCUUGUGGAGCAGCAAGGCAGAAGAGGAAGCAAUUAUAACAAAGACACGUUCAGCAGGCUAUCUGAGGAGUGGAACCAUAAUCGGACCUGGGAAGACUAUAUGGAGCCUUCUUUUUCCACUCUCCUGCCCCAUGUACUCACCCAUAAGACAUGGCAUUGCAAAAGACCAGGGAGCUGCUGCCUUCUUUUCCUGGCUGAUACCAGCACUUAAACUUCUUGGGCAUUGUGCAUGAUUUCUCCAGGCUUACUGAGCUUCUCCUCCACAC